AUGAUUAACUUGAUUAGAAGACAGCAAAUUCUUUCGCUUUAUAAACAAAUUUUGAAAGAAUCAUCAAAAUUCUUUGAUAAUAAUGCAAGAAAUUUUCUUAAGGAAAGAGCAAGAAUCAGAUUUAAAGAAUACAAGAAGGAAACGAAUGAAAAAAGAAUUACGAAGAAAUGUGCUGAAGCGCGAAAGGCAUUGAAUCAAUUAAAAAGAGCUAAUGUAUUUGAUGUCAAAGCUGUAAUACGCGUACUUGAAUUGACUUACGGAAGAAGUGGUCCAAAGAGGCAUGAGUUGCUUAAGCCUUACAUCGAUUAUCCUAGCCCACCUCCUCGGCCCUUUCUUCGUAAAGUUCCAAGAACUGCCCCACCACGCAUUUCACCACCACUUCAAUCAUUAUUAUCAUCACAGGAUAAAUCUCUUUAUCCAAUUUUACCCGAACCAAAACAUAAACCACUACAUCCGUGUCGAAAAGCGAAUAUCAUGUGGUGGCAUUACUCUAAAAUUAUGAAACAAGUGAUGCCACCGGUUACUGAAGAAGAAUUAGAAAUAUUAGAACAAAAAGCUGGAAAAGGCACGUUAACAUCUGAAGGUUUAGCAAGGGUUGGAAGAAAUUUUAAAGAUAAGAGUAAUACGAAUAAUAAUGUGACGAUUUUGAGACUUCCAAACAUUCCUAAUAUGCCAAAAACACCGCGUGAUCUUGUUAAAGAAUCUUUUCUCAAAAUUAAAAAAUCUGAUAAAAACGAUCCAAAAUCACAUAUUGAAGCCAACAAAGCUGACAAAAAUAACAUCAAUCGUCCUAUUAACCCACCUGAUACAAGUAAAAAUUUUGUCAUCUCCAAGUCACCUUGGGCAGAUGGACGUCCAAUACCUUUAGUUAAAAAGAUAGAUUGGAAAGGAUUAAACCUUGAAGAAGUGGAAAAUCAGAUCGGCGGUGAUAUUCGAAAUAUAAAUUUCUAUAAAUUAAAAAGCAUUGGUAUCACUGCAUUGGCAUUUGAUAAAGAUAAUACGCUUGCUUCUCCUUACUCCAAUGAACUUUACCCACCUUUUAAGGAUGCAUGGAAAGAGGGUAAAGAAGUAUUUGGAAAUGAAAAUAUAGCUGUUGUAUCAAAUAGUGCAGGAACUGGUGAUGAUCCAGGAUUUAUUCAGGCUGAAGCAGUCGAAAAAAAUUUAGGUGUUUAUGUAUUACGACACAAAUUAAAGAAACCUUCUUGUGGACACGAACUGAUUUCUCAUUUUGCAGCGCAUAAUCCACAUACAAUAGCAGUUAUAGGAGAUCGCAUGUUUACAGAUGUACUGUUUGGGAAUUUGAAUGGGAUGUUUACUAUAUUUACAAGAAAUAUCAUUUCUGAACAACGGGAUAAUUUCAUGGCCGCAAUGGUACGUCGUGUUGAAUAUAGGAUAUUAGAUUAUUAUGUUUCUAAAGAACAAACUACAGAAAAAUUAGCAAACAAUAUUUCAGUUUCAGAAAUAAACAUAUACAAUAUCAUCGAAAAUAUUAUUCUUGGCACUGAAAUUAACUCAACAUCAACAAUAUUUACCUCUUCCAUAAAAACAGAAACUAACUCACAAGGAAACAAGAUCUUUAAGCAAAAAGGUAUACCAACCUUCGACACUACUACUUAA